AUGGAUAUGGAUAGCAUGUUCUCAGGCUCUUCUCUGCAGAGCCUUGCCAAACUGCUGCGUGAUGCUCCAGAAGAGGAUGAUGAUGAUGAUUAUGAUGAUGUGCCACACUGUUCUGUUGGUGCCAUGACUCCUGGGACUGUUGGACCAGUAAAGAAAGAGACUACCAGUAGUUUUCAAGUGAAAUCUGAAAACAAGAAAACCAUUUGGAAUACAGAGGAGGUCCCAGAAGGAUCUGAAUUUGAUGAUACCUGGGACCCUAGAGAAAAGCCAGAGUAUGAGAUUUCAUUCAAGCAGCAUGUGGGAACAGAGGAUGUCUUCUUUGGGAUGACUGGGAAAGACCCCUCCACUGCCUGCUGUGAAGAUAUAGUGAUUAAAAUCAAGCUGCCAGAGACAAAGUACUCAGACAUCACAUUAGACAUCCAGGACAAGGUUCUUGACCUUCGAACUCCCAAAAAGAAGCUGCUGCUGCACCUCCCCUACCCUGUGAACAGCAAGGAGGGUAGAGCUCGUUUUCUCUCUGAAGAGGAGAUUUUGGAAGUCACUUUGAGAGUAUCAAGGAAGAUUGAUUUCAUAAAUUUUUCUGAUGGAUAG